AACCUUGUGUAAAUGUAGAAAACUUUUGAAAUAAGCGUCAUAAAAAUCACAUGAGCAUUAAUUUAUUUGAUUUUGUAUCGGAUCUACUUUCUAACGCGCAUGAAUAUCUAAGGUCAUGGCGCUGUACUGAGGCGUAUGUCCAAAAGUUAUGAUGAAAUGUUUGUGAUGGUUUGGCGGAUGCUUUACUCUAAUUUAUGACGAUCUGCCCGGCAUUAUGGCGACGAUUACGUCUAACCAAGCCUGCCAGGACAUAGGGGCUAACGUCAGGGUACUGAAGAGCACCGGGCAGCUGAGAGAGCUACAGACGGUACUCAGGGAUGUAGAAACAUCUAGAAGUGAUUUUGUGUUUUGUGCUGACCGACUGAUCAGACUAGUAGUUGAAGAAGGUCUGAACCAGCUGCCGUAUUCUCCUAUGUCAGUUACCACGCCUACUGGCUAUAGUUAUGAUGGGAUUACUUUUGAGAAGGGAAACUGUGGAGUCAGCAUCAUGAGGAGUGGUGAAGCUAUGGAGCAGGGUUUACGAGAUUGCUGUCGGUCCAUCCGGAUAGGCAAGAUCCUGAUCCAGAGCGAGGCAGACACGCGCCAGGCGAAGGUCUAUUACGCCAAGUUCCCUCCCGACGUGGACAGCAGAAAAGUGCUGCUGAUGUACCCCAUUCUCAGUGGGCAGGGUUCAGGCAACACUGCUAUCCAGGCAGUCCAGGUUCUAAAGGAGCAUGGAGUGAAGGAGAGCAACAUUCUGCUGCUCAGUCUGUUUGUGACACCACAUGCCCUGAAGUCCGUGACAGAUGAACACCCAGACAUGACCAUCCUGACAUCAGAGAUCCACCCUCAUGUUCCUGUGCACUUUGGGCAGAAGUACUUCGGCACAGACUGAAGCUUUACAGGACAUAUAUGAAUCAUUCAUGAAUUAAUUUUAUUUACGUGUCUUGCGACUUUUGUCACCCAGCCCAUAUGGGCUCAUAAGACACCAAAACAUAAACAUGAACAUAAACGUAGGCAUCAAA